AUGGACAAGACUGGGUUCAUAUCACUGGCAUUGGAAAAAGGCAGCAAAUCAAUUGAAAAAUUGCUUCAUCAAGAUGAUAAUUUUAAUAAUAAUAAUCAAGCAUUCGUAGAUCGCGAUGAUGAAAAGAUACCAAUUCUAGAUGGUGAACGAAGGAACCUUGUUUCUCGAAAGAAGACAGUUCAAAAGUUACAGCCUGCAAUGAAUAACGCUUUAAUGCCUAAAUUCUCUAUACAGCAAUUAUCAAUGCCCCUACAAAAUCAAAUGACCACGAUUCUAGCUUCUUCAAAACCUUGGUUUCGAGAAGCUGAAUUUACGAAAUCUACAAGCAUUUCUUCCCUCACAACAUCAGCAUAUUUACAUAGGAAUGUGAGUAAAUGUCAUACAUCGCUAGCUUAUUUUGCCAUCAAGCGCAAUGAAAUGAAACAUGAAACUAAUAUUAUGGAUUGUUCAGCAAUAAAUUAUUUUGCAACGACUAAAAGAUGCGAGUUGUAUGAUGUAUCUGCACAGCCCCAUGGACCUGGCAAUUUGAUGGAAAACAAUGACGCGCUUUAUGCGGAACAAUUUUGUGUUUCAGAUAAAAAAAUCAAAUGUUCAGAGGAUGGUAUUUUCCUUUUGCAUCCGAUGAAGCAAAUUAAUGGAGAAAAUAUGGUUGUUCGAUUUGCCAGUAAUAUAACCAAUUGUCUAAGGCAUUGCUUGGAUCGCAAAGCAUGCAUGUCAGCUGUGUUCGAUUCCAAUAAAAAACGAUGUGCAUUACAUCGAAUCAGUAUCAUCAAUUCGCCAGAUUCUUUAAUUGAUGCUCCGGUUGGUUGGGUUGUUAUUGAAAAUACAUGCGAUAGGACACAAAUGACGAAGCACUCCGAAUCUCAGAUGUCUACUGUUCCUCCGAAAAGCUCACAGUGGACUGAAUGGUCGAGUUGUCGAUUCAAGGUGCGAGGUUUAAUAGUUCGAGUUCGAACCAGAGAGUGCCAAAAUGGUUGUACAGAUGGAGGAAUGCAAAUAGAACAUUGUCAUUUGUAG